UCCCUCUCACUGUCUCCACCUACCCCUCUGCAUCUGUCCCUACUCAUGGCCACACCCAUCCACAGAAAUGCAAGUCUCUCAGCAGUGUCCUUGCAGGGGUUUGUGCUGGUGGGAUUUGGGGGAGGUGCAGAGACCCAGGCCCUGCUCUUUGCUGUCUUCCUGGCCUUGUACAUAGUGACUGUCCUGGGCAACCUCACCAUGAUUGUGCUCAUCACCCUGGAUGCCCGCCUGCACUCCCCCAUGUACUUCUUCCUCAAGAACCUGUCCUUUGUUGACCUCUGCUACUCCUCUGUCAUUGCCCCCAAAGCCAUGACUAUCUUCAUUUCCUCCUCCAAGGUCAUCAGCUUUGAGGGCUGUGCCACACAGUUCUUCUUUUUCUCCCUUCUGGUUACCACUGAAGGCUUCCUCUUAGCCGUGAUGGCCUAUGACCGCUUUAUGGCCAUCUGCAGUCCCCUGAGAUACCCUGUGACCAUGUGCCACACGGCAUGUGUUCGUCUGGUUCUGGGUACCUACUGUGGAGGCUGCCUGAACUCCAUUGUGCAGACCAGCCUCACAUUCCAGCUGCCCUUCUGCAGUUCCAACCGCAUCGACCACUUCUACUGUGAUGUGCCCCCACUGCUCCGGCUGGCCUGUGCAGACACAGCACUCAACGAGCUUGUCAUGUUUGGCAUCUGUGGGCUCAUCAUUGUGUCUACCACUCUUGUGGUCCUCAUCUCCUAUGGCUACAUCACAGUGACUAUUCUCAGAAUGCGCUCAGGGUCAGGGCGGCACAAGGUCUUCUCUACCUGUGGUUCCCACAUGACAGCUGUGUGCUUGUUUUACGGAACUGUGUUUGUCAUGUACGCACAGCCAGGAGCUGUGGCAUCCAUGGAGCAGGGAAAAGUGGUCUCUGUCUUCUACACCCUGGUCAUCCCCAUGCUCAACCCUCUCAUCUACAGUCUGCGCAACAAGGAUGUGAAGGAUGCCCUCAAGAGGCUAGGACAAAGACACAGCCUUGUGAAGGAGGGUGGGCAGUAAGGGGCUGUCCUAGGGCUAGAGGGGAGAUUUCCACUGAAACACUGUGCGGUCUCUUCCAUUCACCCAUU